AUGUCGGCGCCCAUGGAGGUGGUUCUGUCCGCGGAUUCAGCUGGGCAACUGUGGAACUGCGCUGUUUUCGACCCUCAUUUGGGGACAAAUCUUUUGUCCUAUCGAGGGGGUAAUACUUCCUCCAGGACUUUAACUGUGCUGAACGGGGAAUACAUAUUAGGAGCUCAACUCGGCAAGAACUUCAUAAACGUGUGGGAGAUCCAGAGAAAGGACCAACUACAGCAGAAGAUUGUGUGUCCUGGGGUUGUUACCUGUCUGUGUGCCUCUCCUAAUGGUCUUUAUGUACUGGCAGGCAUUGCUGAAGCUGUAUACCUGUGGGAGGUGUCAACGGGAAAUUUGCUAGCCAUUUUACGUCGUCAUUAUCAGGACGUGAGCUGCAUCCGUUUCACAGAUGACAGCAGUCAUUUUGUGUCAGGAGGGAAAGACAAUUUGGCUCUCAUAUGGAAUCUGUACAGUGUUGUUCAACUGGAAUCGUCCCGCACGCCAGAACCUCGUCAUAUAUUGAACCGCCACUCUCUCCCCAUCACCGACAUCCACUGCGGCCUGAUGGGACCACAGGCUCGUGUCGCAUCGGCAUCCCUGGACCAGACCGUGAAGGUUUGGGAAAUUUCCUCUGGGGAGAUGCUCCUCUCCAUCCUCUUUGAUGUUGGUAUCAUGUCAGUGACCUUUGACCCAUGCGAGUAUUUCCUGUUCUGUGGAGGGAGUGACGGCAAUAUUUUUCUGGUGUCUCUCUGCAGCACGAGUUUAAGCCGAGAUAAAGCCUUCCAGUCGGACAACAACGGCAAUCAGGUGUUCAAAGGACACAGAAAUCUGGUGACGUGCCUGUCUGUGUCCAUGGACGGCACCCUGCUGCUCUCUGGCUCCAAUGACGAGACUGUCAGGAUGUGGGACAUUCAAAGCAAGCAGUGCAUACGCUCCAUCAACCACAAAGGUCCUGUUACCAAUGCUGUCAUCAUACCAGCACCUGCCAAUAUGUUCCUUCCUGACAGCCGUCCUGCCAUCCCGCUGCCACGAUUCAGUCGUCACCUGAACCCCUCAGAGCAAGGAGAUGGCACAGGGACUGGAGGCGUGUGUCUGAGACUUGGAGCCAACACACAGGAGCUGGAGGGGACGUAUUUGGAGAAAGCAGAUGAGCUCCACUCUCUAAUGUGUGCUGUCACAGACAAGAGUGUGUUUGGUGAUGGGGAGAACACUAAGGUGCGAGUGUCUGAGCUGGAGGAAGAGGUGAGGACCUUAAAGAAGAUCAAUAAAGACCUGUACGAGUUCUCCACUCAGCUUCUGACCAAACCCAACUAGAAAAACUCAUCUGCAGAGGGUCUCCGAGAACAACUGUCAAUACGAGAAAGACAGGAGAGAAUAAUGCAUAAAACUAAUGAAAAUCUUAGAACUAGACCGAAAAAGAGCCAAAAAUCCAAUUUGUGACCCAAGGGCAAGUUUUUCUUUAGCAUCAAUCUCAACACAAAUCCAACAUAAAUUCAGAGGUGUAUUUGGUGAUAUUUUGACAUUGUGACAUUUACUUGUUGUAUUAAUGUAGACCUAUAAAAUGAGUCUGAACUUGAAGUGCUUGCUGUUUUUUGUUUUUUUUAUAUAUAACAUUUGGAGAAAAAAAAAAAACAUAAUAAAAAAAAA